UAAGAGUGAGCCCAAAAUGGAGCAGAAGGCCCAGCCCAUGAUGGAGUAGAAGUCCCCAAAAGGUGUGUGGAGGAUGGGUUGGGCGCAGAGGAGCCAUGGUUCCCGCAUUAGCAGUAGCAUCCUUCUCUCCCCCAAUUCCCACCUCUCUCCCUUCAUCCCCCAUCUCUGCAACUCUCCCGGCUCUCCCCUUCCGCACGCUCCUCACUCUCAAUCACCCUUUCCUUCCAAUUUCUCAUCCCAGCACGAACCUCCGCAGAAUUCGUGCCUCUCCUCCAUGUGCUGCGCCUUCCGAAUCCACCGUCGUUCAGACUGCCCAGGACAUUGUCUCCGCCACCGAUUCUGAUGACGGCGUUUCCUCCGUCAUCUCCGCUCUUCUCUUCGCUGCUUUCAUUGGCCUCUCCAUCCUCACUCUCGGGGUCAUCUAUUUAGGAGUCACGGAUUUCCUGCAGAAGAGAGAGAAAGAUAAAUUCGAGAAGGAAGAAGCUGCUAAUACUGGCAAGCAAAAGAAGAAGAAAAAGGUCAGAGUUAGGGCUGGCCCUAAAGGAUUUGGCCAGAAGAUUAUUGACGACGACGGCGAUGAUUAAGUCAUAUCAUCGCCUAUCGAAAUCUUCCCAUCCACUAGAAUCCUAGAUUCCUUGGCCUUCCCAUUUUCCUCAAUUGCCGGAUUGCUUGUCUUCACAUCUCUAUCGCAAGAACAUUCAUUUUGUGCUUUUUGUGAAUCGAAGUCCUGUAUUACAUCAAAAUACUGCCACAUUUCCAUAGUAGAUUCUUCCCUUUUCCUUUUUUGAUCAGAUAACAGAUUCAUUUUUAACUGC